GAGGCCGGAGCCCGGCGGCUGCAGGAGCGGGAGAGGGAGAGAGAGGCGACCGCGGGCGGAGCAGCAGCAGCAGAGCAGCGGCGAGCGGGCCCGGAACCUUCCUGGGCCGGAACCUUGGUGCGGGCCUGACUGACUGGGCCGGGCUGGGCUGGGCCGGGGAGCCCACGGCGGCGCCAUCAUGUUCAAGAACACGUUCCAGAGCGGAUUCCUCUCCAUCCUCUACAGCAUCGGCAGCAAACCGCUACAGAUAUGGGACAAGAAGGUGAGGAACGGCCACAUCAAGAGAAUCACCGACAAUGACAUCCAGUCCCUGGUGCUGGAGGUGGAGGGGACCAACGUGAGCACCACGUACAUCACGUGUCCAGCAGACCCCAAGAAGACCCUGGGCAUCAAGCUGCCGUUCCUGGUCAUGAUCAUCAAGAACCUGAAGAAAUACUUCACCUUCGAAGUGCAGGUCCUGGAUGACAAGAACGUGCGUCGGCGGUUCCGGGCGAGCAACUACCAGAGCACGACCCGGGUGAAGCCCUUCAUCUGCACCAUGCCCAUGAGGCUGGACGACGGCUGGAACCAGAUCCAGUUCAACCUGUCCGACUUCACCCGCAGAGCUUACGGCACCAACUACAUCGAGACGCUGCGGGUCCAGAUUCACGCCAACUGUCGCAUCAGGCGGGUCUAUUUCUCUGAUCGGUUGUACUCUGAGGACGAGCUGCCUGCUGAGUUCAAGCUGUAUCUGCCUGUGCAGAAUAAAGCCAAGUGAGCCAGAUGAGCAGAGUGAAGGAUCCACAGCCCGUCCCUCGCCUCGUCCAUGGAGAAACACCCUGGAAAGUGAAUGCUUUGUAUAUUUUCAUUUGAUGUAAACCCCAGUGUUGAAACAGUGUUUGCUUUGCUUUUUAAUAUUGUGCCUUAUAACUAGAAAUAAAAUUCUCUAAUUUGA